AUGGCCAACAGCGAGCGCACCUUCAUUGCUAUCAAGCCCGAUGGAGUCCAGCGAGGCCUCAUGGGAGAAAUAAUCAAGCGUUUUGAGCAAAAGGGAUUCCGUCUUGUUGCCAUGAAAUUCAUGCGGGCUUCUGAAGACCUUCUCAAGGAGCACUAUGUUGACCUGAAGGACCGUCCAUUCUUUGCCGGCCUGGUGAAAUACAUGCACUCAGGGCCAGUGGUUGCCAUGGUCUGGGAGGGACUGAACGUUGUGAAGACAGGUCGAGUGAUGCUUGGGGAGACCAACCCUGCAGACUCCAAGCCUGGGACCAUCCGUGGGGACUUUUGCAUCCAAGUUGGCAGGAACAUUAUUCAUGGCAGUGAUUCUGUGGAGAGUGCAGAGAAGGAGAUUGCCUUGUGGUUUCACCCUGAGGAACUGGUAAAUUACAAGAGCUGUGCUCAGAACUGGAUCUACGAGUGA